AUUGCUAAUGUCCUACUUUCUGUUCAUUUCUGACUGUGUUAUCAAUCCAACUUAACUUUCCAUUAACUAUGGAUGAUACAAUACUUAUUGAUCUCUUUAAGCAGUUGGGUGAUACACUACUUAUUGGUCUCUUUAAGCAGUUGGGUUCAAUCGCUGUUCAGCUGGCUAAACAAGAGAGCAAGUUGCUUGUUGGCGUUGAUGAAGACGUCCAAAAGCUUCAAGGCAAGCUCGGGUUCAUCAAGGCAAUGUUGGACGAUGCCGAGGAAAGACAUGCAGUGAAGCAGCGUACUGAGAAGCUUUGGUUAGAGCAGCUCCAAGACAAAUGCUACGAGAUGGACGACGUUUUGGACACCUGGAGCACUGCAAGGAUCAAAGCAGAGAUAGAGAAAGAAGAAGGAAAACCAGCUGAUAUUAACGCUCCAGCUGUUGUGAAGAAGAAGGAUACAACAGCCCAACAAGUGUCGUAUAGCUCCGAGAGGUUGAUUCAUUUCCAUUUUUGAUACCUUCACUCUUCACCUCUCCCUUGCGCAUGUAUCUAGCCCAAUAUCUGAGACAAUUCAUGUUAGCCCAUUA